UGACGAUAAAUAAUUUUUAUUUAUAUGAAAAUAAAAAGAGAAAUUAUUCUGAGAGUUUUUAAAAACAGGUUACGUAACAUGCGAACAUAGCAUGUCCUCUUUGCAACCAGUGUUCCAUGGCACUCUUCCGAUCAUCCAAACGAUUCACCAUCCCCAAUCACCUUCUCCUCACAAAAUCCCUUCCACCUUCGCCAAGUUCUAAUUUUGACCACCAUGACUCCAUACCCACAACCCAAAUCCCCUAUGGGCUUCCAAAAACCCACACAUUCUCCUCUCACACGGCCCACCCCCGGCCCACCCCCGACGCCGAAACAAUCUGCAGAAUCUUAUCCACCACCCGCGGUUCCACCGUCGACGCCUCCCUCGCCGCCGUGCCGGCGAAGCCCUCGCCGGAGCUCGUCCUCGAAGUCCUGAACAAACUCAGCAACGCCGGCGUUCUCGCGCUUUCGUUCUUCCGUUGGGCCGAGAAGCAGAGAGAGUUCAAACACACCACCGAAAUCUUCCACUCUCUGAUCGAAUCUCUGGGUAAGAUCAGACAGUUCAAAAUGAUUUGGACUCUGGUGAACGACAUGAACCGCCGAAAGUUGCUUUCUUCGGACACUUUCGCUCUCGUCGCUCGGCGGUACGCGAGAGCAGAGAAGGUCAAGGAAGCGGUUGAGACAUUUGAGAAGAUGGAGCACUACGGUUUGAAGCCGCACGUGUCGGAUUUCAACAGAUUGAUCGAUGUGUUGUGUAAAUCCAAGUGUGUUGAGAAGGCACACGAGGUGUUUGAUAGAAUGCGGCACUUAGGGUUGCACCCUGAUAUUAAGACCUACACCAUUUUGCUAGAAGGGUGGAGUCAGCAGCAGAAUUUGAUGAGAGUCAAUGAGGUGUGUAGGGAGAUGGAGAAUGAAGGCUUUCACCUUGAUGUUGUUGCUUAUGGGAUAAUCAUCAAUGCGUAUUGUAAGGCCAAGAAAUUUGAUGAGGCUAUUGGGUUGUACCAUGAGAUGAAAGCCAAGAGUGUGAGGCCUAGUCCCCAUGUAUUUUGCACUUUGAUUAAUGGUUUGGGUUCUGAUAAGAGAUUGAAUGAAGCUCUUGAGUUUUUUGAGGUGUCAAAGGCUAGUGGCUUUGCACCUGAGGCUCCAACUUAUAAUGCUGUUGUUGGGGCUUAUUGCUGGUCUUUGCGGAUGGAUGAUGCAUAUAGGAUGGUUGGUGAGAUGAAAAAAUGUGGGAUUGGUCCGAACUCUCGGACGUGUGAUAUUAUACUUCAUCACCUGAUAAAGGGUCGUAGGAUUGAAGAAGCUUGCUCGUUUUUUCGGCGGAUGAGCGGCGAGUUUGCUUGUGAGCCGAGUGUGAGCACGUAUGAGAUCAUGGUGAGGAUGUUUUGUAAUGAAGAGAGGUUGGAUAUGGCGAUGGAGGUUUGGGAUGAGAUGAAGGGGAAGGGAAUUCUUCCUGGAAGGCAUAUGUUCUCCACGUUGGUAUGUGCUUUGUGCCAUGAGAAUAAGUUGGAUGAAGCGUGCAAGUACUUUCAAGAAAUGUUGGAUUUGGGCAAUAGACCUCCUGCUAAAAUGUUUAGUACCUUGAAGGAAGCUUUGGUUGAUGCUAGGAUGGAGAAUACUGCCAUGUAUUUCGCUUUGCAAAUUGAUAAACUCAGGAAAACUCCAUUAGUUGCUUGACACAAAUGGUGUGAAAUUUUUAUGUGAUCGUGCAAAAUUUCGUGUCUACCUCUAUCUAUCUUGGUUGAAGUUCAGAGGAGUUGGAUAUAAAGGUUUUACAUGACAAUUUAGUAUGUGAAAUUUCUGUUCAUGUCA